GUUUCUGAAGGUUUGUCAUUUUUGCACAGCAGUGUGAAAAUGGUUCAUGGAAAUAUUACACCUGAAAAUAUAAUUUUGAAUAAAAGUGGAGCCUGGAAAAUAAUGGGCUUUGAUUUUUGUGUAUCAUCAACCAAUCCUUCUGAACAAGAGCCUAAGUUUCCAUGUAAAGAAUGGGACCCAAAUUUGCCAUCAUUAUGUCUUCCAAAUCCUGAAUAUUUGGCUCCUGAAUAUAUACUUUCUGUGACCUGUGAAACAGCCAGUGAUAUGUACUCUUUAGGAACUGUCAUGUAUGCUGUAUUUAAUAAAGGGAAACCUGUAUUUGAAGUUAACAAGCAAGAUAUUUACAAGAGUUUCAGCAGACAAUUGGAUCAGUUGAGUCGUUUAGCAUCUAGUUCACUUACAAAUAUACCUGAGGAAGUCCGUGAACAUGUGAAACUACUAUUAAAUGUAACUCCAACUGUAAGACCAGAUGCAGAUCAAAUGACAAAGAUUCCCUUCUUUGAUGAUGUCGGUGCAGUAACACUGCAAUAUUUUGAUACCUUAUUCCAAAGAGAUAACCUUCAGAAAUCACAGUUUUUCAAAGGACUGCCAAAGGUUCUGCCAAAACUGCCUAAGCGUGUGAUUGUGCAGAGAAUUUUGCCUUGUUUGACUUCAGAAUUUGUAAACCCUGACAUGGUACCUUUUGUUUUGCCCAAUGUACUACUCAUUGCUGAAGAAUGUACCAAAGAAGAAUAUGUUAAGUUAAUUCUACCUGAACUUGGGCCUGUCUUUAAACAGCAGGAGCCAAUCCAGAUUUUAUUAAUCUUCCUCCAAAAAAUGGAUCUGCUACUAACCAAAACUCCUCCUGACGAGAUAAAGAACAGUGUCCUGCCAAUGGUUUACAGAGCCCUAGAGGCUCCCUCCAUUCAGAUCCAGGAACUCUGUCUAAACAUCAUUCCAACCUUUGCAAAUCUUAUAGACUACCCAUCCAUGAAAAAUGCUCUGAUACCAAGAAUUAAGAGUGCAUGUCUGCAAACAUCUUCCCUUGCUGUACGUGUAAAUUCAUUAGUGUGCCUAGGAAAGAUUUUGGAAUACUUGGAUAAAUGGUUUGUACUUGAUGAUAUUCUACCCUUCUUACAACAAAUUCCAUCCAAGGAGCCUGCGGUCCUCAUGGGAAUUUUAGGUAUUUACAAAUGUACAUUUACCCAUAAGAAGUUGGGAAUCACCAAAGAGCAGCUGGCUGGAAAAGUAUUGCCUCAUCUGAUUCCCCUGAGUAUUGAAAACAACCUUAAUCUCAAUCAGUUCAAUUCUUUCAUUUCCGUCAUAAAAGAGAUGCUUAAUAGAUUGGAGUCAGAACAUAAGACUAAACUGGAGCAACUUCAUAUAAUGCAAGAACAGCAGAAAUCUUUGGAUAUAGGAAAUCAAAUGAAUGCUUCUGAGGAGACAAAAGUUACAAAUGUUGGGUCUCAGCAGAUUGACAAAGUCUUUAACAACAUUGGAGCAGACCUUCUGACUGGUGGUGAAUCAGAAAAUAAAGAGGAUGGGUUACAGAAUAAACAAAAAAGAGCAUCACUUACACUUGAAGAAAAACAAAAAUUAGCAAAAGAACAGGAGCAGGCCCAGAAGUUGAAAAGCCAGCAGCCUCUUAAACCUCAAGUUCACACACCUAUUGCUCCAGUCAAGCAGACUAAGGACCUGACAGACACGUUGAUGGAUAACAUGUCAUCUUUGACCAAUCUUUCUGUUAGCACUCCUAAAAUUUCUGCUUCAAAUUCGUUCACUUCUGUUCCUUCCACGGGCCUUGGCAUGAUGUUUUCUACACCAAUUGACAAUACAAAGAGAAAUUUAACAAAUGGCCUAAAUGCUAACAUGGGCUUUCAGACUUCAGGAUUCAACAUGCCAGUUAAUACAAACCAGAACUUCUUCAGUAGUCCAAGCACACCUGGAGUGACCAAGAUGGCCCUGGGAACGCCUUCCGCCUUGCCAAGCUUCAGCGCUGCCAGUGUUCCUCCUGCAGGCGGAAAGCAGGCUCAGCAAAGACCCACAGAUAUGUCUGCUCUUAAUAAUCUCUUUGGCCCUCAGAAACCCAAAGUUAGCAUGAACCAGUUAUCGCAACAGAAACCAAAUCAGUGGCUUAAUCAGUUUGUACCUCCUCAAGGGUCUCCAGGUAUGGGCAGUUCAGUAAUGGGAACACAGGUGAACGUGAUGGGACAGUCUGCCUUUGGAAUGCAGGCUAAUCCUUUCUUUAACCCACAGAACUUUGCACAGCCACCAACCACUAUGACCAGUAGCAGUUCAGCUAGCAAUGAUUUAAAAGAUCUUUUUGGGUGAGGUGUCAUGCUCCUAUUUUUGAAGGAUUACUUCAGUUUUAAUCAUGGGUAAGCUGAUUUACAUCUUUAUAUAGCUGGCUUGGAAGAAGUACUUCUAUGGGAGAGUGGUCCUGUGAUAGGAAAAAAAAACUGUUUUCAUGCCAGCAUAGUAGUUGUAUGGACUCCUAACAGUUGAGGUUUUUAAAGCAUUGAGGAUUUUUUUUCCUCUUACCAACUCCUCUUCAGGUUUUUAAAAGACCCAACCCAUAUCAAUCUCAAUGAGAAAAAAAAGACACCUGAAUAUCUUGAAUAGCAGAAUUUUUAAGUCAAAUGUUUAUUUUGGCUUGUAUAUCUUGGUGUUAUUUUAAAAGUUGAGUUGAUGGUAAUUGCAAGUUUCAUCUGUUAAAUACUACAUGGUACACAGUCUGCCUUCACAAGUCAUUAGUCUUCAUUUUAAAUAUGUGAAAAAUCCUGAUGCUGUAUUGAUUUGUUUGCAUUUAGCACAACUGAGAAAAUGAUACGCAUAAUGAAAAGGAUCAGGUCAUUUGCUUUUCCAAUCUUAUUCUGAGAUGAACUAAUGUUUAGUACAAAAGACUGAGAAACUACUACAAAAUUUAAUUUAACCUUAAUUUCAUUGGUUCAAACUAAAGGCAUUAUUAACUGUCAUAAAUGCAAACUGAUCAUUGUAAAUUAUUUUUUAGCAUGGUCUGCCUCAAGUAGUAAUGUAUUUUUCUCCGUUUACUUGGAUAUGUUUAGAGUCACUUUUUUUCCUCCUGUGUCACAGACAGAAGAGGUAUGUACUGAUUUGUACAGGUAUUUGACAAAGCCGUCUCUGUGCUUUUUCCUGAUUGCUGCAUUCAUGCUUCAUUUUGAAUUGAAACUUCAGAGGUUGCAGCAUAUAUGAAUUGCAUUUUCAAAAGGAUAUUUGUAAGAAUUAAACUAUAUUUAAUGAGUAAACUUUUGAGAUUUCUGCUGUAUUGUUUCAAAUGUAAUAAACUUUACUUCUCUAAAAAUGA